GCGGCGACUGGCGCGGCGGGUGGCGCGCGUGGGAGUGCGGUCUGACGCAGACCGUGUCCUUGUACUCACUGGCGUCGCCUGGACAGUCCACUGCUGUACGGUGGUGCCAAAUAUGCAAGUUUCAAUAAGAAAGCCGUACGUGGCGGCGGUGACGUUGGUUGCCUUAUUUCUGUUCCUCGUCUAUUGGAGCAAUAAAUCUCACCCUCUGGUCGGCCGCAGCUCACUGGACCCGGAGCUGAUUCAGCUGCUGCGGGAUGAGCUGAUAACCUCACCCUCCGAGCUGGCCUACGAGCUACAGCAGCCCGACGUACCCGACCCGUCCGUCGGACAGUCACAGCUCAUACUGGAGAUACUGGGGAACAAGACGGGCGGCACGUUCAUCGAGUGCGGUGCUCUGGACGGCGAGACGCGCUCCAACACUCUCUAUAUGGAGCGCUACCUGGGCUGGCGGGGUCUGCUGAUCGAGCCCGACCCCAGCAACUAUCAGCUCAUGAUGAAGAAACACCGGCAUGCCUGGACCGUGCCCGCCUGUCUGUCAGGCAGCACCGUAUCCGAGGUAACGUUCAAGCAAGACUUCAACAUGGGUAUGAUUGACGACGGUCUGCCAGCGCGGGGAAAGCCGGCUCGUGGCAAACGAACACAUUACGCCAAGGUGCUGUGUGUGCCGCUAGAGGCGCUCCUUCUGGCGCUGAGAUGGAAAACGGUCGACUACUUCAGUCUGGAUGUUGAAGGGCACGAGUACGCAGUGCUGGCUGCACUGCCGUUUGAUCGGCUGGACAUAAGGACGCUCUCAGUGGAGUUUCGUCACGUGCCUGAGGGUAAAGAGGCCAUCCGCCGACUAAUGGAAUCCAAAGGGUACGAGGUGUAUACGGAAAUCACGCACCACGACGACCUGGCCAACGACUUUGUCUUCCGACGGAAAACAUAGUGCUGUGACCUCGCUGACGGCGUAAGGCGCCCCGGCCCGGGCCGACGACGGCCUCUCUGUGAUGGGUGCUGCGGUGCAGUGUCUGCGGUGUCGUCUGGUUGCGUGAUAAGUUAAAGAGCGUGAGCGGUCAGGGUAACGUGUGGCGUGUGUUUUUAGAUGAAAACUUUUCGGUGCGUGGUUAUGAAAACAUUAGGUUUUGACAGCUACCUAAGUGCAUUAUAGAAAUGGUUUUAAUUAAUAUUGUAUCGUAGCACGCAUUACAAGUAAUAAUAAGGAUAGUAUUAGUUGUGCCAAUGCGAGAAACAUAUGUCUCCUUCAGUCAUAGUCGCCUUCCGUACCAACGAUGUGGUUUUAACAGGCAUUAGUUAUUUAAUGCGAUGCAUACGCGUUGUCGCAAAUAUCUUAGUCACCCGCCCACAUGUUUGCUGUUUUUGCAUGUUCUGUUCAGCCUUUCGCAUGUUUGUUUUAAUUUUCCAAGCAUCGUUUUGUUUUGCCGGUUUGCCUGGCGAAGUCUGUUUUUGGUGUUCGCGCCAUUGUUUCGCAAUCCCUGUUAAUGAGCUUUUUCAUGCCGGUGGCUUGGGCUCUUGUUUUUAUCUAGCCAUGCGGCGCCCAACAUUGAGGGAUUGCUAAGAAUAAUGCGAUAGUCCUGAUAUAUUACACGGGCAUGGAGCAUAUACGAGGAUUUGUACGUGCUUCUUUUAACAGUCUUUCUUGUUGUGGUGCCCAGUACUACCAAAAGCUAAUGUCUCGCAUAUGGGUCAAAUAGUAUAUUUCGGGGGUAUUAUGCGGGUAUAAUGGGUGGUCUGACAUUUAACUCUCCCUUAUGAAGAGUAGCAUGAAUUACUUAGACGGGGCAUAAAAUGACACGGUGAUCUGUCGUGGUGACGAAACAGUGACGACGCAGUCACCUCUGCUAUCAAUUCUGAAACCGACGAGAAAUGUAUCAUUUCUCGUAGAAUACAUUUCUCGGAGAAUGUGGCACUGUGUCCAAUCCACAUAUGGUACUUCAUCUAUGUUGGUCACAAUCCCAACAACACUUGGACUAUUAGUACCAGGGUGAUAAAAACAUUCGUUACAGUAAAUCUCACUCAUUCUGAUAUAAUCAUUAAGGCCUAUUUACUGGAUACGGCCAUAGAUAAUGGACAACAGAGUGCAUUUUAAAAAGAUAUUUGUAUCUGAGAUUCAGUCCAUGGGCAUGCAGGAUUGUUACAAUGUUUGAACUCUCGCCUGACAGCAAUGUGCCUCAGUUCGAUUAGAUGCGAAUCGCAAUGUCAUUACAAGAUCGCCUGUUCAAAUAUAAACUCACACUGUUCGUCAUACUGACGAUCGCGUGCUCCUUUGCCAGCUGUAAGUCAUCGUCAAUUCGUGUAAAUAAAUAGUUCACUCAG